AUGGCUGGGAAAAAUCGUUCUUCCGUUCGUUGGGGACGAAGUAGUAUUCCUACAUCUCAAGCAGAGUCCACAGGGGCAUCUAUUACAUCUUCCGCUACUGUUGUACAGAGUGACACUGGCCCCCCUACUCCUGCUAGUACUACUACUCCUGCGCCUAUCUUUAUACCAUCUACUGUUGCUCUUACUACAACUUCUAUGCCUCCUCCUACAAGUACUACUCCAGCUACUAUUCCACCUACUACAACAACAUCCCCUUCAACUAUGUUUGAUUCUACUGAGGGUAUAUCUACAAUUGAUAGUGGCUCUUCACGACGGCUUCGUAUUUAUGUAUUGUCUGACAGGUUUGUGUCGCAUGGUCAUGCCAUUUCUAAAUUUAUUCAUGAGAAAAAUGAAGGAGAGCGUGAUAAAGAAGGAUACACAUGGUCCAAAAUUGAUAAGCACACACAUGAUUUUUAUUGGAGAGAGUUUAAGAAACAUUAUUAUUGGCCCAUAGAAGAAGAGAAUGCUAUCAAAGCAAUUUGGGAAAAAGUCUGUCGAGGUCAUUAUAGUCGGAAUUUAUGUAGGUGGCACAAGUCUUACAAGGAGACUGGUAGAAGCCUAGUAAGACACUUCAGAGGACACCUACUGCGAUUUGAUAUCUUCUGCAAGACUCAUGUGAAUAAAGAAGGCAAAGGUGUUGAUUCACGAGCACAGACGGAUGCUAUGCAGAAGAUGGUUGAGACUGCUUCUCAAACAUUACUAGAUGGCUCACAACCUUCACCACUUGAUAUGGAUGCUAUGUACUUGGAGGCUUCUGGUGGAGAAAAGAAGAAGAGAGUUUAUGGGCUUGGUUCUCAUGCAUCAAGCAUGUAUCAAGAGUCACUGUGUAGUGGUGCUACAUCAGCUCCCCCACCACCUUCAGCAUCUACAGUCCCCCCAGAGAUUGUGUCUGAGAUGGAGGGCAUGAAAAAAAAAUGA